AGAGGGAGCAAAUGCAUUGGCUUUUUCAGUGGAUGGUUGAUUGAUAUUAAUAGCAUACAAUCUUUCAUUUUGAUAACUAACUUUUAUCUUUUCGUAUUCUUGCUGCAAAACUACCAGUUUACUUGAAUUUGUUAGUUUUCGGAUGGGUACAGAGAUGAAUGGUGCAGCAUUGGAUCGAUCCUUGGAAAACCAACUUGGCCUCAUCAUCUUUUAAUGUGAUUAGCAAAAGACUUCGUCCUUUUUCGUCAUUCAGCCCAGCUUGCUGCAGAAAUCCUGGUUUACAUUAGGAAGCCAAAUUUUCUUGGAUUCGUCUUAUGGAGAACAUAAAGAGCAAAAGGUUCGCAAUCAAAUGGAAAAAUAGUCUAAUUUUCAAAUUUGUUGCCGCUGGUAACUCAUUUUUACACAAAAAUGAGUUCAGUGGAAGUGAUAAAGUGCCAAACCAGCCAAAGGAAACUCCUCGCACACCAUUAACAUGGUUGGUCAAGGAGAAGAAUCGAGAAUUGGUCCAGAAAAAUUCCAAUGUACAACCGGUUGAUGUCUUAUGGAAAGUUAUCUGCAUAGCACCAGACGAGAAAGUCACGUCGCCACAAGAAAAGCCAUCAAGUGAAUUAGGACAUAAAGUGCCACUGAAAAAUGAACGAAUCCUCUUGAAGAUUAGGAAAAUUAAGAAACGUUCAAAGAAACAAAAAAGGUUGAAAGGGGAAGAAGAAUAUGAUUACCAAAUAACCGAUCAGAAAAAAGAUGACAAACGAAACAGUAAAAAAAAGAAGGAAACCGAAGAGCCGCCAAAUAAUAAUAGCAGUAAUGUUAACUGUAAUAAUAACGUGAACUUAAACAACCAUAACGAUUGCAUCGUGUUAAAACCUCAGCCAUUGAUUUUAAAAGAUUUUUUUGAAACAGUAGAUGAUUCAAAUCAAGUACAAACAACUUUACCUAAUGAACUAUUGGUUAAAAUAUUUGAAUUCGUGGUACAAGAUGAAUCCAAAGCUAUGAUCAACCUUCUCAAUCUGUGCAGAGUUUCUGAGAAUUGGCGCCGUUUAAUUUUAUCAACGCCCAAACUGUGGAGAGUAGUUGAUUUAAGUGAUUUUAAUAAAAAACCCAGUGAAACUGAGUUAGUUCAAUUUUCUUCUCUUCUGGUCAAUACAAGUCACCUCAAUUUCACUGGUUGGGACUAUACAUUAAAUUACUCAAAUUUAGCCCCGAUCUUGGAAACAUGUGGUAAAUCAUUGACCAGUAUUGUUUUUCGUGGUUGUUAUACAAUUGAGGGAACAAUCCUUGAUCUUCUUUCUAAAGUCUGUCCAUCCCUUGAAGAAAUUGACCUUUCACAAACUUCGGCAUCAGACCGUUCAGAAAGAGCUGGAAGCAAAAAAGGAAGAAAUAAAGUAAGGAAAGUCGUCUAUCCACUGUUUCCUUCAUUCCAAACCUACUUGGCAACGAAUGGCUCCAAAUUAAAAUCAAUAAAUUUAUCGGAAAAUAAAAUAAAUGGUUUAACUCACCUGUUCACCGCCAUUACUAAAUAUUGCCACAAUCUCAGGUCACUGGACCUAUCAAAUAUCCAAUCUAAUUCAUCAUUUUUACUUCGCGUUGACACAUUACAAGCAUCAUGUCCUAAUUUACAAAUACUUCGACUUGGGAAUAUAUUUAUUCAACCACCCAAAAGUGGCAACGCUCUUGGUUUCCCUAAAUUGGAGGAACUGAGUAUUCCGUGCAAUAAUUCUGAUCAUGGCCACGGUGAACCGGUAAUCAGUAGUUUGACCAAAGAUGCUGAAAAUCUCAAGCUAUUGGAUAUCCGUGGCUCUCCCCGAGUAACAGCUAGUUGUAUCAUUAAAAUUCCAGCUUGGAAUCUUCAACACCUUGCUAUUGACAACUGUAGUACAAUUUUUUCUACUGGCUUGGAAAUGAUAGUAAGCAAGUGGAAACACAGUCUAAUAGAAUUGGACAUAUCGCACAACUGUCACCAGACAGGUAUCUCGGCAGCUUUGGAAGCCUUGUCCUCUGAGAAGGACUGUCCUUUAAAAGUGAUUACCUUACGAGGCUCCUCGGUACUUUUCGAAUCCGUUGAAAAGCUUUUGAUCAACUGUAAAAAUUUAAGCUUAAUAGACCUACAGUCAUGUCGUGCAUUACCCAGAGGUACAAAAAGAGUUUUUGUUGGAGAAGAGGUUGUUAAAUUUCGAAAUGACAUCAUUAAUGGUAGAUACAAAAAUUUCGAUCAAUAAUAAUCAUUUUUUUACAUGUAUUAUUGAUCAAAAUAUUAGGUGUUUUUUUGAACGUAAAACAAUCGUUUUGUUGUAAAUAAUUUAAGCCUUAUACACACAACUCUCUAAAAUCCAUUACUACGUUGCAUAUUUAGUCCCCAUUGUGUCAUCAAUUUAAAAUUAAUUACUACUUGUGCAUCAGUUUUAUGAGUUGGUUUACUUUUUUUAGUCUGACAAAUUCACCAUUAUGAUCAUCUUCAUUUCGAAAUACCUUUCUCAAAGAUACAAAAUACAAACUCAAAAUUAUCAAAAUUACAUUUUCAUUAUCUAAAAAUCAAAGCUCUAUCAAAGCACAGAGUUAUUCACAAAAUUCUAACCCUCCAAAUCAAUAUACUUUAUCUAUUGUUAAUUUUUUUCAUUUCAUUAUUUCAUGUUUUAGCGCUUUACACAACAAUCAUAUAAUUUGUCAAUGCAAAUCAUGCUAGUUGUAUAAUUUUAAAUGAAAAGAAAACGCUAAUUCUGUCAUCAACCCAUUAUCAAAAUUAGCGAAAAACAAAGUUAUUUAAUUUAAACUGCUUAAAUGGGCCAAAUCUGUAUCUAAAGCAAUUCAAUGUAAUUCAUUUUCUCAAUCCAAUACAAGCUAUUUUCAUGCUAGCA